AGCUGCAGAGCUUCAAGAAAACGAACGACACCAACAACGUCACCGGCGCACAAUUGCAUCCAAUUUUUCUGAAAGCCAAAGCACAACGGCCAUUCUCGCUAACACCACAACUUCAAGAAGCAUUGAGACUUGUCCAAACAUCAAACUAGUUUUUCGCGCCACAACCAGUCCCUCCAAAAUGCUCGUCUCAAGGACGACAAACAUGCUCCGUGCUGUGCCCGCACGCGCGACAACCCUACAGCAGCCCGCCCUCCGUGGAAUGGCAACGACGUGCCUCCUCGCAGUCAAGCCCACAGCUUCACCCACGAUGGCGAUUCGCUGCCAGCCCAAGAUUUUACAGACCCUCGCAUCAGCCCGCUCCCCAAUCUUGGGUAGCCGAUCAGCGUCAACCACCACCACGAGCCCACCCUCGUCAAAAGCAGCGGCCACCGACAUCGCCGAGAAGCCCCUCGACUGGAACACAUUCUUCCGCCUGCGAACCCUGCGCCGGCGCUGGCAGCUCGCUUUUAGCGGCCUCAUGUGUGCAGGCAGCGCCGGCGGAGGUGCCAUCUUCCUGGGCUCGGGCUCCCUCGACUCGCUCGUCUCGCAGCUGCCCCUCGAUCCCUUUUUCACACUAGGCUUGAUGACUUUUGGCUUUGCCGCGCUGGGAUGGCUUGUCGGCCCUAUCCUGGGGAGCGCCGCUUUCAACGUGCUGCACAGGAGUACCAAGAGGCAGAUGACGCUGAAGGAGAACCAGUUCUUUGCGCGCGUCAAGAAGAACAGGGCUGAGCCGUACGGAUCGGCCAGCAACCCAGUGCCCGAUUUCUAUGGCGAGAAGAUCCAGAGUGUCGCCGGCUACAGGCAAUGGAUGAAGGACCAGCGCGCUUUCAACAAGAAGCGAGUAACGUUCAUCUAAGGGGGGCAGAGGGAUUCCUUUCCAGAAGGUUUCAAUCACGUUUUACUACUUCAAAAAAUCACACAUCAAAAUGGGCCUUGAUAGGGAGUAUUUGAGUCUGUCUUUGCAUCCUUUAUUCUUUUCUCAUAUGUUUUUCAUGAUCUUCCCCUUGGAGGUUUGUUUGGAAGGGGGACAUUGGCGGGGGGAAACUCUCUGUUCUUGCCAGGGCAGAGGCAGAACAAGUUACUGUACUAACACUGCAAACCCACUUUUUGGGGUAUCUAUCUUGCAUUUCUCGCAGCUCAUCCCAUAGGGGUCUACAUAGGUAAAUAGCAAACUUCUCAUCAGGACCUCGACCUUUUACAUGAACGGCAGGGUACUGUCGACCUCUCUUUUCCACGCCAGCA